CCGGCGUCGCCGCCAUUGCCAGCGCGCCAUGUUCAGGUCACGCCGGGCCCGCGCGCCGCCGGUUUCCAGAACCUGCUGGACAAGUCGCUCGAAUCGACGCUGAAGAAGGUCAGCUGGGACAACUUUGCGGCAUGCUACCCGACGAUAGCGACGCAGGCGCCCGCGACGCUCAAGGCGGUGCAGAAGCAAAUGGUUGAGAGGUUGGGGACGCUUUGCAGGAGGGAGUUCCAGUCCAUCUUUGAGCAGCGGCAGGUCGUGGCCAAACUGAACGAGUUGGAAGGCCUGAUCAGCGAGGCGUCGAGGCGAAAAGACGAGGCUGGCAUGCAGGGCAUAGAUGAGGCGCCCGUCCCGCCACAUACGCUUCCCGCCGAGCAGGUAUUUGCCGCGCAUCUGGCGCCGCAUCUGAAGCAGCAGCAGUCACAACUCAACGCGAAGCUUCAAACUGUGCAGGCGCACAAUGCCAAGCUAUUUGACGAGGUGCAGAGGCAGAGGGCCGAGAUGGAGUCGCUGGUGCAGCUGCUGGAGAAGACGAUGGAGGACAUUGACAGUGCGAGCCAGAUGAUGGACGAGGUCGCAGACGAUCUGGCCCGGGAGACCAGGACGGUGGAGGUGGGGAUUGCGGGA